CUGCGUGUGGUUCCCGGGCGCCGCGGAGGCCGCUGGAGACACAGGCCACGGUCGCGCCCUGCGGAGAGCGAGGCGCCCCCGAGCCAUGGCCCGCCCGGCGUGCGGGUUCUCGGCCGCGCUGCUGGGCGCCCUCCUGCUGGGCACAGCUUGCCUGCUGCGCGGGGCAGAAGCAUUUGAAAUCGCUCUGCCCCAUGGAAGUGGGAUUACGGUGCACAUCAGGCUGGCAAGCCCGGCCCUGCCUGUGAAAGCCUGCUACAUCAUCAUGUCUAGACAGCAUAUGACUGAGUUGCUGGUUAAGCCCGGAGAAAGGAGGUCUUUCACCUUUAGCUGCAGCAAUCCGGAGAAGCACUUUGUCUUGAAGAUUGAGAAGAGUAUUGACUGCAUGUCAGGCCCGUGUCCUUUUGGGGAGGUUCCCCUCCAGCCGACCACAGCAGAGCUGCCCGCCCUCAACAGAACUUUCAUCUGGGACGUCAGGGCGCAUAAGCGCAUCGGCCUGGAGCUGCAGUUCUCAGCCCCUCGCCUGAGGCAGAUCGGGCCAGGCGAGGGCUGUGAGGACGGGGUCACUCACUCCAUCAGCGGCCGAAUAGAUGCCACCGAGGUCAGGAUCGGGACCUUCUGCAGUAAUGGCACUGUGUCCCGUAUCAAGAUGCAGGAGGGUGUGAAGAUGGCCCUGCACCUGCCCUGGUUCCACUCUAGGAACAUCUCAGGCUUCAGUAUCGCAAACCGGUCGUCGAUAAAACGCCUGUGCAUCAUCGAGUCGGUGUUUGAGGGUGAAGGCUCGGCCACCCUCAUGUCUGCCAACUACCCAGGAGGCUUCCCUGAGGAUGAGCUCAUGACCUGGCAGUUCGUUGUCCCUGCGCACCUGAGGGCCAGCGUCUCCUUCCUCAGCUUCAACGUCUCCAACUGUGAGAGGAAGGAGGAGCGGGUGGAGUACUACAUCCCCGGGUCCACCACCAACCCGGAGGUGUUCAGGCUGGAGGACCAGCAGCCCGGGAACAUGGCCGGCAACUUCAACCUCUCCCUGCAAGGCUGUGACCAGGAUGCCCAAAGCCCAGGAAUCCUUCGGCUCCGCUUUCAGGUCCUGGUCCAACGCCCACAGAACGAAAGCAGUAAAACCUACGUGGUGGACCUGAGUCAAGAGCGAGCCAUGUCGCUAACCAUAGAGCCACGGCCAGUCAGACAUGGCCGCAGGUUUGUCCCUGGCUGCUUUGUGUGUCUGGAGUCCCGGACCUGUAGUACCAAUGUCACCCUGACAGCUGGCUCCAAACACAAGAUUUCCUUCCUGUGCGAUGACCUGACACGCCUGUGGGCGAAUGUGGAGAAAACCCUAAGCUGUCUGGACCAUCGCUACUGCUACAGCAAGUCCUUCAACCUGCAGGUGCCCCGGGACAUCCUCCAGCUGCCUGUGCAGCUGCACGACUUCUCCUGGAGGCUGCAGGUGCCGAAGGACAGGCUCAGCCUUCUCCUGGUGCCAGGCCAGAAGCUCCAGCAGCACACGCGCGAGAGGGCCUGUAACACCAGCUUUGGCUACCUUGUGGCCAGCACCACCCCCAGCCAGGACCUAUACUUUGGCUCCUUCUGCCCAGGAGGCUCCAUCGAGAAGAUCCAGGUGAAGCAAAACAGCUCGGUGACACUGCGAACGUAUGCUCCCAGCUUCCAACAUGAAGUCUCCAGGCAAGCCCUGACAGCGUCCUUCAUACCCUAUUUCAAAGAGGAAGGCAUCUUCACGGUGACCCCAGACAUAAAAAGCAAGGUCUACCUGAGAACACCCAACUGGGAUCGAGGCCUGCCCGCCCUCUCCUCCGUGUCCUGGAACAUCAGUGUGCCUAGCAACCAAGUGGCUUGUCUGACCUUCUUCAAAGAGCGUUCUGGCGUGGUCUGCCAGUCGGGGCGAGCCUUCAUGAUCAUCCAGGAGCAGCAGAGCCGGGCGGAGGAGAUCUUCAGCCUGGAGGAGGAAGUGCUGCCUAAGCCAAGUUUCCAUCGUCGCAACUUCUGGGUUAACAUCUCCAAUUGCAGCCCCAUGAACGGCAAGCAGCUAGAUCUGCUCUUCUGGGUGACUCUUACCCCGAGGACUGCGGAUUUGGCUGUCAUCAUUGGUGCAGCAGGAGGCGGGGCUCUGCUGCUGUUUGCCCUGGGCCUCCUCAUCUGCUGCGUGAGAAAGAAGAAGAGGGUCAGCAAGGGUCCUGCUGUGGGCAUCUACAAUGGCAACGUCAAUACCCAGGUGCCCCAGAUGCAAAAGUUCCAGAAAAGACGGAAGGACAAUGAUUCCCACGUGUAUGCCGUCAUCGAGGACACCAUGGUCUAUGGGCACCUGCUUCAGGACUCCGGCGGCUCCUCCAUCCAGCCAGAGGUGGACACCUACCGGCCCUUCCAGGGCCCCGUGGGGGACUGCCCCCCCUCCCCACCCCCUAUGUUCUUCAGGACCCCAACUGCAAAGUUCACUGCCGAUGAGCCAGCCCCUAGGAGCUCUCCUGAGCCUGAGAGCGAACCCUACACUUUCUCACACCCCAGCAAGGGGGAAGUAGGUUUCAGGGAGACAGACAUCCCCUUAGUUGACACCCAGGGGCCAGUGGAGACCGAAGAAUAAUUUGGCUCCAUUCCAAAGACUUUGCUGAGAUGCAUGGCCCCGGGCGGUGAGACACACAGACAGAACUGUCCCAGCCAGAAGUCACAUGGAAGAGCCAUCAACUAGAAGAAAGCUUCUGUGAGGGCCACCAAUGCCUGGUUUUCCGGUGAACACUGCAGUGAUGAGCGCAUCCUGGCCUCUGAUGGGGACGCCAUCCUAACAGCUCAGACCUCCCCGAACGAAGCUUGUGUUGGCUGGCUGAGGGACAGAGAGAGACAUUGUCCACCCAGAUGGACUGCAAUGAGACUGGAUUCCCAGUGGUAAGCUGAGACUUAGUGGAUUCCCAGGAGCUCCGCGUGAGGUCUCUGCUCUCACUGGAGGCCUCUGGAUGAAAAUGACAAGGUGCUUUUCCAGUGGUAGUAUUUGUUUAGUGUUCCUGCAUGUUUUUAAAAGCUGGAUGUGGAGCUGGUGGUGGAGCUGGGUUGGUAGAGUGCCUGCCUAGCACACACAGAGCUCUGGGCUCCACCCUCACUGCACACAACAGCAUACUGGCACACACCUGUAAUCCUAGCUCUAGGGGAGGGGAGGAUCAGAAUUUCAGGGUCAUCAGCAAAUAUGUAGGGAUUUGGAGGCCCUCCUGGUCGAUCUUAAAAACAUGCACAGCUCCCGUCUAGUACUGACUCAUGCAAACUGGUUUGGACAGCUGUGUUUUGGUUUUUCAGGCCACUAGAUAAAUGUGCACCUGUGGAGAUGAUUGAUGAUCUGCCCAGCCAGAAAAGACCGCGCGUGUGUGCGUGCGUGCGUGUGUGCGUGUGUGUGUGUGUGUGUGUGUGUGUGUGUAUGUGUGUGUAUGUGUAUGUGUGUGUCUCGAUUACUCAGUAAGAAAUUUCCCAGUCCUCCUCGGCUGCAUUCAGCUGUCCCCCUGCAGAAUCCAUCACAGACCCCUCAUCCCCUACUCCCGGUAAUACUAGAAGUUCCCUUGAGCUGCUGUGUGGUGUAUGGCUCUCCCAGCUGCAGCAAUACUUUGACAUGUCAACUGAAAUUUUAGAAUAAUUUGAUCCUUUAAAAAUACAUAAAUAUGGGCUCUGGUAGCACUUGGGAGGCAGAGGCAGGCAGAUCUCGCUAGUUCAAGGCCAGCCUGGACUGUAGAGUGAGUUCCAGGACAGCCAGGGCUACAGAGAAACCCUUUUCUCAAAAAAACCGAAGAGAGAAAAUACUACAGAAAGUGGCCAUCUGCAUCAGCUUCCCAGGGUUACUGCAGCGCAUCCUUUGGUGGCUUAACAGCAGCUUCAAUACAGUUCUAGAGAUAAGAUUCCCAAACUAGCUUGGCUGAACUGAGAGCGGGAUGUUGACAAAGCUGCGCCUCCCAGGCGUUCGAGCUUCCUUGGCCUUCCCAGCGCAUGGAUGCAUCCGUGGCUGGGCAAGUCUGUCUCGCGUGGUGUGGCUGGUCACUUACUCAGCUGCUUCUUGCUUUCACUUGCAAAUCCAGUGUAGUUCCCAUAUCAAGCCUUAACUUUGUCACCUGGAAAAGACCCUUCACUGUGUUUCGGGUACCACAUGCAUUGGCUGGUGGGGUAAGCAUCUCCGAGGGUGAGAGGACAUUGCCUUGCCCAUCCCACCCUCCUGUGUUACUCACAGGAGACCAUACAAAAUGGCCCAGCCUGAAAAGCUUUGCUUUAGCCUGUAGCUAAAUGUUUAAAGUUUAAAAAGAAAAAAAUUUCCCCUAACAAUCCAGCUCACAGGACCUGUCUGUGCUGGAUACAUCUUAGCCUGAGGCAGCAGCUAAAGUGAACCACAGUGGCUCUGGCCCUCAAAUACAAUGUCCAGGGCCACUUAGUCCCCAUCUUUCCUGCUGCCUCCGCUCCGAGGCUGUGUGCUUGUGGCUUGGAUCGACACUGAAGUGUAGGAAAAGCACAGAGCGAGGAGACAGAGUUCUGGCAUGAUCCAGAGGGAAAGCAGUGGUACUGUAGCUUCAAGGAUCUCUGGCAAAACCUUCAGGAAAUAAAUGUGUGUCAUAAUGCUCAGGGAACUGACCCUGGAAAGGUAUCUCAUUACCACGCCCAUGUUGCCAGAGACAGGGCACUCCGGUCCCCUGGAGGGUCAAACUCCAGACCUCUGAGUUCUCUCCAACAAGAAGAGUUCACGCUUUAAUCACACCUUGGUGCUGCUCAUGCACCUUUCCCGUCCGAAAGCUUUUCUCCUUUCCAAGAGAGAAGGUUGUCUCCUCUCCAGCCACCCAAGGUGCUGAGGACCCCCCAUGCAGGGCCAGGAGCACCUGUGGCUCCUUCCUUCACCUGGCACCGCCAUGCUGGGCAGGGGCCUCUGUGCUUCAUCUCCGUUGGCUUCUGCCUUCAGGUGCCCCUUGGGAGACAGUCUUGUGUGCUGGUUCUUACUGUGUAUCAGCCCAGUAGCCUCGACCCUGGCUCUCCUGACUGCACACGGAAGGGAAAGGUUGACUCUUCCAUUCAGACAGGCCAGAGUUCUUCAGCUGUGACCCUAAUACAGGUGGGAGGGCCAGUCCAUGCACCUGCAAUGCAUAUUAUGAAAAUAAUUUAUUUAACGUAGAGACACUUUAGGUAACAUUAAUUUCCUAUACUUUUAUAAAUAAAGAGAUACACAAAA